GCUGAGCUCCAGCAGGGGCCCCUCACCAAUCAGGAGCCGGAGGUCUGAAGCAGCGUCACCGCUUCGCAGCCGGUCCCGCAGUUUAAGAGCAGCGCGGCUCCUCUCUUCACUACACUUUUCUCCUGUUGAGAGAAACGAGACGCGAUGGCCAGAACCAAGCAGACCGCCCGUAAAUCCACCGGAGGAAAAGCUCCCAGGAAGCAGCUGGCCACCAAGGCUGCCCGUAAGAGCGCCCCGGCCACCGGCGGAGUGAAGAAGCCCCACCGCUACAGGCCCGGUACCGUGGCUCUCCGAGAGAUCCGCCGCUACCAGAAGUCCACCGAGCUGCUGAUCCGCAAGCUGCCCUUCCAGCGCCUGGUGAGGGAGAUCGCUCAGGACUUCAAGACCGACCUGCGCUUCCAGAGCUCCGCCGUCAUGGCUCUGCAGGAGGCCAGCGAGGCUUACCUGGUCGGCCUCUUCGAGGACACCAACCUGUGCGCCAUCCACGCCAAGAGGGUCACCAUCAUGCCCAAAGACAUCCAGCUGGCCCGACGCAUCCGCGGAGAGAGGGCUUAAACCCCCCCCACACCUCUUUACACCACAACGGCUCUUUUAAGAGCCACCUCACUAAAGCUCAAGAGCUCCUUCCUCUGCUGCUGCUUAUAAUAAUUUUAGGC